UGUGAGGUACGAAAGCGGAUUCGUUCGCGCUCUUUUGUCUGUGGCGGCUGGUGAUGGAACUCGCGGCUGCAAUAGCUUUCGUUGUAUAGUGUAGACGCGUAGCUGUCCAAUGAUACCCGAACCAGCCGCUAUUCCGCUGCAAUUUAAGCGAUCAAGACUGAUGAACUCGAUUGUGCUAUUACAGAUUCCAACAUGAAACUCAACAUUGCCAACCCCCUCACGGGUGCCCAGAAGGUGCUCGAAGUCGAUGACGAGCACAAGCUCCGCGCUUUCUACGAUAAGCGCAUCUCCCAGGAGGUGGAGGGCGACGUGCUCGGCGACGAGUUCAAGGGCUUCAUCUUCCGCGUGUCCGGCGGUAACGACAAGCAGGGUUUCCCCAUGAAGCAGGGUGUCCUGUCCAACGGCCGUGCCCGUCUUCUGCUCUCCAAGGGCAAGUCGUGCUACCGUCCUCGCCGCAAGGGUGAGCGCAAGCGCAAGUCGUCUUUUGAGAAUCUUAUGAACUGA